GCAAAGGCCGAAAUCUUCUAACACUUUGGCUACCUAUACGCACAAAUCACCAAUGUCUGAUAUAGUUUAUGAAGCAAUUAAGCCAGUUUACGAACAACUCACUACGGAUGAUCUUCUCACUCGCUGCAUCGGGGGUUUCACUCAAAACAGCAAUGAGAGCUUCAACUCGACAGUGUGGGCGAUGGCUCCGAAAACUAUGAAUUCCGGCAAAAUAAUCAUCGACAUUGCUACGAACAUCGCUUCGUGUGUUUUUAAUGACGGAUUAAUAUCAAUUUUACAUAUAAUCCAGGUCAUGGGCAUGAAAAUUGGUCCAAAAAGUCACGAACUAUGCAUGGACUUGGAUGAGAAACGCAUACAGAAAGCGGAACGAUCUUUGAGUGAGGGCGCAAAACAGGCCCGCAUCGAUCUGAAAACAAUUCGAAAGGCCAAACAAGAGCAGGAGAUAGAUGAAGAAGGCCAAUUGUAUGGCGCAGGCAUCGCAGAUUAGAGGUCAAAAAUUAAGGACUCUAGAUGUCCGCCCAUGGUCCCUCCUUCAAAAAUAGGCGCCAUCGGACAAGUGCGGCACAGCCGCCAUUUUGUACCAAAAAUGUAUGAAAAAAUUCUUAUUUGUACUUCAUUCAUAAUAUUAUA